AUGCAACCCCGUCGCAGUUUAAUAUCGUUGAUAUCUGCAUUAAGUCAUCAAAAGUCAUUAAUUUACGAUAUAACUCUAUUAAGUGGCAAAAUUUUUAAGGGCAUUCAAAUUUAAAGAACGAUUUACAGACACGAAUUAAAUACAAGUUUUGGAAAAGUGUGCAACGCUUUGCACAUACAAUAUUAAAGAAAAUCAACAAAUUGUGCAGCUAUCCAAAUAUAAUAGGGCGUAUUUCUCAACCAAUUGUCGCCAUGGUAGGAAUCAUAGACGAUACUUGCUUACACUACACUAUUGGAACACGUAUUAAAGUCGGUGACAAUUAUGGUACGGUGAAAUAUGUUGGUGAGGUAUCGGGCUAUAAUGGUAUUUGGUUGGGUGUAGAAUGGGAUGAUCCGCAACGCGGAAAACAUAGUGGUUGCCACGAAGGCAAAAAUUACUUCCACACUCAGUACCCGAAUGCUGGCAGUUUCGUACGUCCUGGUAAAGUUGGUCCUUUUGAGUCACUGGAGAUUGCGGCAAGAGAACGCUAUUUAGGUUACUCGGCUGAAAGCAGUCUAGACGUGUCGUUAAUACGCGAAGCACAGCAAAAAAUGCAGGCAAGUUUUUUUGAAGUUGUUGGCAUGGAUAAAAUCGCACGGAAGCAGAGCAAAUUUGAACAAUUAUCUGAAGUGAGUGUCGACAAUUGCCCAAUAAAUGAAGCUGGAUAUUUGAAAGAUUUUCAAGUACUUACGACUUUAAAUGUCAGCUCGACUCUAAUAUGGAAUUGGAAAAUUGUUGCUGACAUUUGCAAACAAGUACCGACCUUGAGGGAUUUGAAUUUAAGCUGCAAUCGCCUGGUUUUGCCUACGGAUUCACAAAUUAAGGAAUUAGAACCGGCUUUUAGAAAUUUGCAAUGCCUCAAUUUACGGAACUGUGGAUAUAAUCGCUGGGGGAAUGUGACACAGACCGCUAAAUUGUGGCCAAACAUAGAGGUUUUGGCCCUUCAGGAGAAUCCUUUAACAGAGCUUGAUGUAGUUAAUUGUAAAGAAAUCUUCAAGAAUUUAAAAGAACUAGACUUGCAUCGUACAAAAAUAAUGGAUUUUGAUCAAAUAUGCAAAUUAGGAAACAUAUGUACACUGAAAAGUUUGAAUCUCAUGGAAAAUGGCAUUGAAGAAAUUAAGUUACCUGACUGUGAACCACGCGAAAAACUCAAAAUAUUUGUGGCUUUAGAACAGCUUAAUUUACUCUAUAAUCCCAUAUGGAAUGAAGCAGAUACAUUUAAUGAAUUGGACAAACUCUCGAGUUUGAAACGUCUUAAUAAAUCACCCCAUUUAAAAUCUGAUUUUGAUGAAAUGUUUUCGAAGGCUGUAGGCAUGAUUAGUCAAUUGGAAAUGCUUAAUAAGAUUGAGGUGAGUGCUGAAGCCCGCCGCGAUGCUAGUUAUGACAUUUGGAAGCGGUACGCUAUGGAAUGGUUGCAAGCAGCAGAUACACCUGAAAUUUUGUAUGAUUUCUAUAAAAAACAUCGUACAUAUGCCGAAAUAAUAGAAAAAUAUGGGUCACCCGCAGAGUUCGUAGUACGUCCGAAGUCAAAGCAAUCCAAUUUAAUUAAGAUCCGAGUAUAUAAUCAACAAAGUGGAGAAAUUUGGGAAAAACGUGUACCGCGAAUGAUAACGGUGCAAACCUUGCAGGGUCUGAUUGCAAAGCGAUUUCAAACGACUUCGAGUUCCAGCAGCAGUCUACCACAGCUGUCUUAUAUUGACGCUAAAUAUCCAGAGCUGGUGGUACCCAUGGAUAAUAGCGCCAAAACUUUAGAUUUCUACAGCGUUCAGGAUGGUGAUACAGUUAUUGUUAAAUAGUAAUUUGGUUUGAAAUACAUGACACAUUACUAGAAGCAUUAAAUGCAUUAUUGUUCAAAGACUAUUUUGACAGAGUUCGUAUUCAAAAUUGUAUUGUACCUACAUAUGUAUGUGAAAAUAACACCGGAACUGAUUUUUUUAUUUUAAUUAUUUAUAAAAUUAAUAAACUUUACAUCUUUUUUAUUAUUAUUUGCACUUA